AUGGCGAGUACACACAAGCCUAGCGACCUCGAUGCAAUUGUUCCACCCGCACAGCAAACCGUCCUGACCCACUCAGCCGCUCAGGGCAUCCAAAUCGCAUCCAUCAUCUCACCAGCCUACCUGACCCUCUCUUCUCUCCGGCGUCGCUCCUCUCCGCCCGUCUCCCCCGCUUCCACCGUAGCAGCAACCACCAAAUCCCCUUCUCGCCUCACCCCCCUCUUACGGCGUCACGUCCUGCACUCCUUCCUCCUCGGACCCUUGGCGGGACUUGCGAUCGGAGCAGGGAGGAUGUAUACCCGUCCGAACGAGAAGGGGGAGGGAGCGUUGGCGAGCGAGGUUAAGAGGGAUAGGGGCGUGCGGAAGGCGGAGGAUUGGGCGGUUAUUGGAGGCGUGCUUGGGGCUCUCAUCCUCCCAACCCUCCUCCUUCGACGAGCCGCCUUCCCGCUCCUUGCCCUCUCGGGAUCCUCACUCGGCUGCGCAGUAGGCACAGUAGCGAGCUGGACGCAAUAG